GAGCGCGAAAUCAAGGUCGUGUUCAUAGUCCGCGAUAUUCAAGGUUGGGGUUAUGAGACAACUGGUUUGAUUACAGAUUAACGUAUUAAAUCAUCCAAUUACCUCCUCUGUCUCCUGAUUGGUCAAGUUGGGUGUGAUCUCAAGAUUUUGGUGUUGACCACAGAAGAUUCCAGUCUGAUCUCGACAAAUUCAAAUUAACUCUAUCCUUCCAAAGAUCUAAUCUUGACUAAAAUCCAAGUGCGUAUAGAAUAUGGUCGAGGUUAACGAUGGUCGCCAUUUUAAAAAUCCUUACCAGGAUUAUAUGCCUGGAGACCAGCUUAAAGUUGGAGAUACAAGCAUCCCAAACAAAAUUGUCGAACUGUUAAAUGUUCUGGAUUCGAAUUUCGAGAAGUUAUCGUCGUCUGAUGUAUCAAUGUACACGGGCUUGUCAGGUGUAGGACUAUUCUACAAUUUCCUAUCACAAUCCAAAUGUGAAUUAUUAGACAGAAAGAUACGUGAAAAUGGUGUUGCAUGUUCUGAGAAAUUGCUGAAUCGAUGCCUACGUCACAUUAAUUUCAAAGAGUUGUCUAAAAAUAUCAGUGUUUACACUAGCCCGAUUGGUCCACUGUGUUUGGGUGCUUUAUCAUCAGUCAAACAUGGCAGUGAGAAUACAGAGGCAAAGAAAUUCGUAGAAGAAAUUUUGUCAGCGAGUAAAUAUGGCCUAGAUGUGGACUGUGGGAUGCCUGAUGAAGCGCUGUAUGGGCGUACUGGCUAUCUAAAUUGUUUGGUAACACUUCGAGAAAAUAAUUUCGACAUCCCUAUUUCAGUUGUCUCGUCGAUAACAGAUGCUAUAUUGAAGUCUGGUCAGAAAACAGCUGGUGCUUACAAAUCGAAUGGUUUUUAUAAUAGAUUGAUGUAUCAGUCAUCGAAACGAGAUUUGCGCAUGCCACCCUUAAUGUUCGAAUGGCAUGAUAAAUGUUAUCUUGGUGGAGCACAUGGUUUUGCUGGUAUCUUGACUACUCUACUGAAGGUAUAUCGUUUGUUUCCUGGUAGCAUAUCGUCAAAUUCCUUAAAUCAGUUAAUUCUACCUACUGUUGAUUGGAUGAGUCAACUUCAGAUAAUCAGCGGAAAUUGGCCUUCUAGUUUAGGGGAAAGCUUAAAUCGUGAUGUAUUAAUUCAUUGGUGUCAUGGUGCAACGGGUGUUAUUCCACUUAUGCUCUCAGCUCAUAAGAUUACAGGUGAAAAUAAAUAUUUGAAGUGUGCAUUAGAUGGAGGAGAAGCUGUAUGGACUCGUGGUCUACUUCACAAAGGCUGUGGUCUAUGUCAUGGUUCAGCUGGUAGUGGUUUCGCUCUAUUAGAGAUUUAUCAAACAACUCAAGAUCCCAAAUAUUUGCAUAGAGCUAUAAAGUUCGCUGAAUGGUGUACCGACUGUUUUAAAAAUGCUACUCGCGUUGCUGAUCGUCCGUACUCACUUAUGGAAGGUCUUGCUGGGACACUGUACUUCCUUGUUGGUAUUUUGGAUCCAGUUAAUUCGAAGUUUCCUCUACUAAGUGGAUUGUGAAUAGAAAGAAACAAUCAUUUUAUUUAUAUCUAUUCAACUAACUUUGUCUGUCAUUUUGUACUCACAUCUAUUUGUUCAUCAUUCACUUAGUUUAUGAGAAAAUGUUAUUUGAGUCUCGUGUCUGCCGAUUAGUUCACAUUUGUUUUAACGAUAUUAUAUUCAGUGUAUUUUGUGUUGUAUACUCUGUUUAAUCUAAACCCGUGUGUGAAAAUGCCACUUUAAGGCAUACUGUGUAUAUUUAAUGAUGUUGAUUGAUUGAAUAUUUGGUGAGCAUCGUACUGUAUUCGCGUUUUUUAAGUUGCUAGGAGAAGUGAGUAGUCUGCCAAGUAAUGGAUGUGUAGAGGAGACGUGGAUGAGUGUAUACAUAUGAUGAAAACGUUGUUAACUGUAAUGAUGUGUCAUGUUUUCGUAAUCGCACUCACAGUAUAUUUAGAAUUGCGAUUUCUGUUGGACGUUGAGAGCUGGAUCAUAAGAGCGAAUUUUUGUUAGUGUUGAAAGAUAGUUGUUCGACCAACAUGGUGUGUGUAUAGGUGUGAUGAUAUGAGACUUGUUUUGUCUCCGAAUCAACAUUUCGACAAACUAAGUCAACACUUAACAACUCAUGGUUUGUAAUUUAAAAGUCAUUUUAAUAUUUCAUACAUGUAUUAUUUGGACUUAUUUUACGAUGAAUCAUGCCCCACGAAAAGUCAUCAAGUGCCCAGUAAACUCUUGUGAACAUUUUAUCCAAUCAGGAUUGAAUGGGCAUUUCUUCGGAAUAUUUUAAAGGAAAGUCAUGGUUAGCGUAAUAAAUAUAGUGUGGUGUAUGCUACUUAAACGGACAGAUAUAGGUAGUAUGUGGUAGUUAAAGGAAGUUAGUCCCUUGUUGGGAGAAGAGGAGAAUGAGGAGGAGGAAAAGAAAAACAGAGCACUGGUAAUAGCAACAAAAAUGAAAGCACGAUUGGGUUUGUGAAGGUCGACUCAAGGAAGAUGUGCAAAUGGUGUGUUGGAUGUAUUGUCUUUAUAUUUUACAAAUUCAGUAUGUAAUUAAAGACAGUGCAUUUAGUUUAAGCCUUCCCAUGUCUUCGUUCUUAAAAAUCGGUGUCGCUGUCACUACACAGGAUGAAGAUUCCGUGGCCACUGGAGUUAGAGGAAGGAGAUGUACAGAGUGUGCUGAGAGAGUUUGGGACUUGUGUGUAGAAGCCUAAGGUGAAGGUGGUGGUGCUGGAGACGUUACUGAGAGACAGAGCGAAAUGGGUGUUUGACAGCGUGGAUGGUGCGCGCGGGAAGACGGCAUGGGAGGUAGUUACGGAGCCAAGUUUACUGGAAGAAGGCACUGAAGAAAUUUACGGUGAAUUUUGAUCUGCUAGUGUUUCCGACGUGUCUAACCUUAUUGUUACUUUGUGAGCUGUCGAUUUUGAAUGAGUUGUCUGUCGUUUGGCUUGCUGGCGUCGCAGUUUAUUGAGAACUACAGCAUGAGUUAGCCGCAAUACGAACAAACAAUUGCAGAAAUAAUAUAUGUUAAGCUUGUGAGGAAACAGGCCAUUAGAAGAGAGACUGAAAGCCGAAACACAUCGUUUUCAUAUCUUUCUUGAGUUGACCAUUACAAACAUCACUGUUCUUCCAUUCCUGUUGUUAGUACCAUUGCUUUCUGUUUUUCUCCCCUCUUUAUUAUCCUUUUUUCCAGAAAAAGAUUAGCUUCCUGUAUCUGUCCGUACAAGUAGCACGUUUUUAUUUAUUUUAUUUUAACACAUAAGUAUAGGUACAGGGAGGCACCAAAUACAUAUGCGCCACACAAAUCUCAAUUGAUUUGUGUGAGGGCUGUGAUACUGCCCGGGUGCCCAAACCGAAACAGGUGGUUUUCUUAGGGGGCCACACCCCGAGCCUUUGACCUGAAGAUCUGAUCCACAAGGCAGUGGAGCAUCGUGAGGAGAUGCAGUCCCAUGGUAGCCGGUGACCAACGAUUGGUUCAUACGCCAUUUGUUC